AUGGCGGAAAACACUCGCAUGAAGACGAUGGAAGCGGAAUUGAAGCGUUUGUCUCAAAUGAUAGAAACGGUGGCUGAGGAGAACAGAGCAGAACGUACUCGAGCGCAAGAGGCGACGAAUCUGAAAUUCGAGACGAUUCAGUCAUCCCUCACUCAGCUCCUUUCCGAUCGGUCCCGACAACACUCCAUCUCUCACGAGUCCCCGCUAGGUUCGAACUCUGGAGUUGACAAUUACUCGCGUCCUUGGUCACAGCCUCGAAGGGUGAGCUUCGAUCUUCCUAAAUUUGACGGUAAUGAUGCGUUGAGUUGGAUUUUCUCCGCAGAUCAGUAUUUUGAAUUCUUUAGAGUACCUCCGGAAGAGCAAAUCGGCCUCGCUGCGAUGCACAUGACUGGCUCCGCGAUUCCGUGGUUUCAGAUGUCACAGCGCUCCGCUCAGUUUCGUUCAUGGACGCAGCUCAAGCGUGCUAUUGAAUUAGAGUUUGGCCCCUCCUUAUUUGAGUCUCCCAGGGAGCUUUUGUUCAAGCUGCAACAACAGGGUUCCGUAAGUGACUUUUACGUUGAAUUCGUAGCUCUUGCUAAUCGAACUCAUAUCGAACCUGCUGAUGCAUUACGCGACUGUUUCAUUAGCGGUCUCCGGGCCGAUAUUAGACGUGAGGUAAAAUCUCAAUGUCCACCUUCACUGAUGCGUGCCGUAAGCUUGGCUAGGCUCUAUGAAGACAAGUUUUCGACAUCUCCGCGAAACGCUCCAGGUCCGGCAACCUCUAAGUCUCCAUCACACGACUCCUCUACACCUGUGCGUACCUUUCAACGGAAUAGCUUGCCUCCCUUGCUUCCUACACCAUCUCAGAAGCCAUCUCUCCCACCACCUAGGAAUCCCAUUCGCCAUUUGUCUCCGGCAGAAAUUCAGAGUAAACGAGAGAAAGGUCUUUGUUAUUGGUGUGAUGACAAAUUCACAGCUGCUCAUAAGUGCUCAAAUCGGCAAUUCAUGCUUAUGCAAGUUGAGAAUGAUGAGGUAGAUGUAGUAGUGAAUAGUGAGGACAUAGUUGUGUCUGAAGGAGAAAAUUUACAACAGCUGGAUGCAGAGGUGAUAGACCAUCAUCUCUCUUACAAUGCCAUGCAUGGUGCAUCGGGCCACUCCACUAUUCGAAUCAAAGCUCACAUUGGUGAGCUAGAAAUCCAAGCACUCAUUGAUGGUGGGAGCUCCGAUUGCUUCAUCCAGCCGCGGAUUGCAAAAUUUUUGAAUCUCUCCAUUGAGCCAGCUCCGGGAGUCCAAGUUGUAGUGGGAAAUUUUGACAUUAUGCAGGUUGAAGGUCGCAUCCCUUUACUAGAAGUGACAUUACAGGGUUAUAAGGUGCUGGUCCCUGAUGUAUUUGUUUUAAAUGUUGCUGGUGGUGAUCUCGUCAUUGGAACCACUUGGUUGAAACGAUUGAGAGCCCAUAUUGUGGACUAUGAAGCAGCUUAUAUUCGAUUCAUGCAUGAGGGUAGUUUGAUUACGGUACAUGGGGAGAAGACCAAUGCUAUAGCCCAGGCAGAAUUCCACCACAUCCGGAGACUUAUGCAUACCAAUUCUAUUGCUGAGGCUUUCACAUUGCAGCUGCAGCCUCAUGUUGAAGUUGCUCAUUCUUCCUUGACUCUAUCUGACGACAUACACCCGGAAGUGGUGAAAUUGCUGCACUCUUAUGCAGGGGUGUUUGCGCAACCUUCAGGCCUACCACCACAGCGCCGUCAUGAUCACUGUAUUCCUUUAAUCAAGGGUGCUGACCCUGUUAAGGUUAGACCCUACCGCUACCCUCACAGUCAAAAAGCACAGAUAGAAUUCAUGGUCCAACAAAUGCUUGAUGACGGGAUUAUUCAACCAAGCCGGAGUCCCUUUUCCUCUCCAAUAUUACUAGUCAAAAAGAAAGAUGGUACUUGGCGCUUCUGUACGGACUAUAGAGCGUUAAACAAUAUCACCGUUAAGGAUUGUUUUCCAAUUCCUACGGUUGAUGAAUUACUUGAUGAGCUGUUUGGCGCCUCCAUUUUCUCCAAGCUUGAUCUUCGUUCGGGUUACCACCAAAUUCUGGUCAGCCCUGAGGAUAGAUACAAAACUGCUUUCCGCACUCACCAAGGCCUUUACGAAUGGCUGGUCAUGCCAUUUGGCCUCACUAACGCCCCAGCAACGUUCCAGAACUUGAUGAAUGAUGUGUUCCGACCUUACUUGCGUAAAUUUGUGUUGGUUUUUUUCGAUGACAUCCUUGUUUAUAGCCCUUCCUUUACUUUACAUUUACAGCACUUAGAGACUGUGUUAAAGUUACUGCAACAGGAAUGCCUUUUUGCUAAGCUCUCAAAGUGCUCUUUUGGAACCAGUGAAAUUGAUUAUUUAGGGCAUACUAUCUCAGACAGUGGCGUUCACAUGGAGAAAGCCAAGGUUCAAGCUAUUAUGGAGUGGCCUCAACCAACCAAUGUGAAACAACUAAGAGGAUUUUUGGGUUUAACCGGGUACUAUCGUCGAUUCAUUCGUCACUAUGCCUCCAUAGCUACUCUUCCAAAUUUUGAGCUACCCUUUGAAGUUGAGACUGACGCCUCAGGGACAGGGGUUGGUGCUGUAUUGAUUCAAGAAAAGCAUCCUAUAGCCUUCUUCUCAAAGAAAUUGUCUCCUUCGCUACAGAAACAAUCAGCUUAUGUUAGGGAAUUCUAUGCAAUUACGGAAGCUGUAGCAAAGUUUCGGCAUUAUUUGCUGGGAAAAAAAUUCAUCAUUCGUACUGACCAGCAGAGUUUGAAGGCAUUGGUUGAUCAAACUCUGCAUACGCCUGAGCAACAAAAGUGGCUUCACAAGCUUCUGGGGUAUGAUUAUGAGAUACAGUACAAACCGGGGCAGGAAAAUGCAGUUGCUGAUGCCCUGUCACGAUGUUUUUUUGCAGCUUGGUCUCGUCCCAAGGCUGAAUGGAUGGGGACUCUUAAAUCAGAAAUUGAGGCAGAUGCACAAUUACAAGAAUUGUGGCAACAAUGCGUUCAAAACAGGCAGGUUGAUCCACACUAUACGGUCCGAAAUGGUAUUCUAUUAUGGAAAGAUAGAGUAGUGCUUCCAGUAAACAGCAGCCUCAUUCCUCUUAUCCUUCAUGAGCACCAUGAUAGUCCGGGCGGGGGACAUUCUGGUAUCGCUAAAACUCUUGAUCGGAUCCGUUCCUCAUUCUACUGGCCAAAUAUGCAUAAGGACACUCGAAAGUAUGUCCAGAAUUGCGUGAUAUGUCAGCAAGCUAAGGCUGAAACUACCAAGCCAGCAGGACUGUUGCAGCCCCUCCCUAUUCCCCACCAGGUAUGGGAUGACAUCUGCAUGGACUUUAUUACAUCCUUACCUCCUUCUCAUGGAUACUCGGUGAUCAUGGUUGUGAUUGACAGACUCACCAAAUUCGCACAUUUCAUUGCUCUGCGUCGUGAUUUUGAUAGCAAGACAGUUUCCGAUGCCUUCAUCAAGCACAUUGUUAAACUCCAUGGUUUUCCCAAGUCGAUCGUCUCUGAUCGUGAUAAAGUGUUUAUUAGUAAAUUUUGGCAGCAGUUGUUCCACGCUCAAGGAACCACUUUAGCGAUGAGCUCAGCCUAUCACCCGCAAACGGACGGCCAAAGUGAAGUCUUGAAUAAGACUUUAGAAAUGUACCUUCGUUGCUUUUGUUUUGAGAAUCCCAAGCGUUGGCUUGACAUGCUUCCAUGGGCACAAUUUUGGUACAAUUCCACUUAUCACAACAGCAUAAAGAUGCCCCCUUUCAAAGCUCUAUACGGACGUGACCCUCCUUCCUUGGUCAGAUAUGAAAUUUCUGCAGGGGAUGAACUUCCAUUACAGGAACUAUUGUUAGGUCGGGAUAAGUUGAUUGAGCAACUUAAAUCUACCUUAUUACGCUCUCAACAAUUCAUGAAGACUCAAGCUGACAAGCAUCGGCGAUUCAUCGAAUUUGAAGAAGGAGACUUAGUAUUGGUUAAGCUCCAGCCAUACAGGCAGCACUCGGUUGCAUUACGUCGGAGCCAAAAGUUGGGAAUGCGUUAUUUUGGGCCCUUUCCCAUCUGCAGAAAGCUGAGUUCAGUAGCUUACCGCCUAGAGUUACCAGCCGAGGCCAAAAUCCACAAUGUGUUUCAUAUUUCUGCCCUCAAGAAAUUCAGGGGCGAGAAACAGGAGCAAUACUUGCCACUGCCACUCCGGUCGAGUGAAGAAGGCCCUAUCCUUAGUCCGCAUACCAUUGUGAACCGCCGAGUCAUCUUGAAAAAUGGCCAAGAAGUGCAGCAAUUACAGAUACAAUGGGGACAAGGUACAGGUGCAGAGAGGACAUGGGAGGAUGCAGCAGAAUUCCUCCAAGCUUACCCAGAUUUCAACCUUGAGGACAAGGUUGAAGUUGAAGAGCGGGGUAAUGUAAUGAACAAAGGAGCAGUAGCAAAAAGGGGAAACAUUAUAGUGGGGCAAAAUGACCAAAAGAGGGCAGAGUUAGUUAGAGAAAUUGGACACGUGGAGCAAGGCUCGAAUGUACAGGGUGUGAGACGCAGUAGCAGAAGGCGCACUAUUAGUAGGAAAUGGGAGAAUCAUGAGCAGGAGAUCAUUGUGCAAGAGCUCCUGAAGUUGAAGGCACACAAGGAUCUGAUGUUGCUGUUGGAAAUUGAGCUGGUGCUGCUGCUGAUAUCUAGGGUGGUUAGGGGAAAAGGCAGAGGAAGAGUAGUAGAGACAAGCAGAGGAAGGGAUAGAGGGAGGGCUACACCAGCAUCUCAACCAGCUCCCAUCACUAUACCACAAUCUCAGCCAACUAAUGCCCCUAUACCACCAUCUCGUCCACUAAAUACUCUUGCAACACCAUUUCAAUCAGCUUUCAUCACUGCAUCACCAUCUCAUCCUUUGCCUAAGCCCAAAGUCUUUGGUAUGAGAAGAAGUAGAAGACUUAAGCUAGGAAUUAGAAAGGCAACAAGUCAGCCACCUGAACAUAUAGACCUCACAUUUGAUUAA